AAGCUGCCCGCAGACUGACCGCGCAAAGCAUUGCAUUGGACAGUUCCGGCCAAGCCGUAGCGAACGUUCGCCAUGCCUGUGCCAGAGCCAGAUGUUGAGGUGCCUUCCGGUGACACCAAGAAGGGUGCCAAGCUCUUCAAGGCUAAGUGUGCUCAGUGCCACACCAUCGAGCAAGGCGGUAAUACCAAACAAGGCCCUCCUCUUUGGGGUCUUAUUGGUCGCACAUCAGGCACCUGCGAUGGUUUUGCCUACUCCGAAGCCAACAAGAACGCUGCCAUUGUGUGGUCAGACAAGCACUUGUUCGAGUAUUUGCUGAACCCCAAGAAGUACAUCCCUGGUACCAAGAUGGUUUUUGCAGGCAUCAAGAAGGAGAAGGAGCGGGCUGAUUUGAUUGCCUACAUGGCCGAGAUGAAGUAAAGAGGGAGAUCAUGUCCUGAAAUCCCUUUUUGAACGCCAGCUGUGUCAUGUGUGAGUUACUGGUGCUGGCAGAAUCCAUCGUUUUGUAAGGACAUGGGUCUUCAGCAUAGCAAACUUAAGGUGAUCAGUCAACUAGUAGGCCAUAGGACCAUGAAGCGGUCAUAACAGGAAUCAGUUAAGUUCAUUUUUGCCAGUAUCUUGUCGAUUGUGGAAGUGACGCUCUUGUGAGUGGGUCGGAAAAAAACCGAAAGAGUUCUGCGGCUCAUUGCAAUCUCUUUGAUGGCGUAGAUGUCACCUUGCUGUUCAUGCAACUCUUGCGAGCGGCAUCAGCAUUCAAUGAAGUGU